UGACAACUUUAUUCACUUUCCUUUUACAAUAAUUUUUUUAAACCAUUUCAAUUUUCAUAGAAAAAUCCAUCAUUUAACAAGCAGAAACACAGAUUUGACACUCGUUGCAUUUUUUUUUUUUUUUUUUUUUUUUUUUAUUAAAAACUCAAUAUACUGUUAUGGAAAAAAAUUAAAGAAACCUUUUUGUUUUGUUAUCUAUCAAAAUGGCGCAAACGAACUUCAGUCAAACGUCGAGAAAAAUUACAAUAAUGAAUAAUAAACUGGAUCAAAGAAAUUUUAAUAAUCGUGCUGGACCAACUAAAGCUGAAAAAAUGAAAUCCAUUGAUUUUAAUGGGAAAAAUAAAUUUCAACGUCCAUUCAUUCAUCAACGAUCGACAAAAAAUUUAGAAAGAAAAUAUUUAUCACCAAAGAUUAAUAAUGUUCCAUCAUCAAGUAACGCGGAUUCAUUUAAUGAAGAGGAAAAUAUAAAAAAUGUUGAACGUUGGCUAGAAACUCUUCCAAAUAAUCAGGACUGGUGUAAAAUAGAAGAGGAUCCACUCGAUCGUCAGGGAGAUUUUGGAAAAGAAAAAUCACAAACUCUAAACACAUUUGAUUUAACUCAACCGUCAACAAGUUAUCAAAAUAAUUCCUCUCAAUCAAUAAAUAAUUUGGAAAAAUAUGUUUCAAGCAACAAUAAAGAAGCCACAUUUAAAAAUACAGCUGAAAAUUUAACGUUUGAAAUACAAAACUCUAAAUUGUCAAAUGAACAAAAAAGUGGAUUAAAAAUGAAUUCCGAUCGUUUGGGAAAAAUAAAAAAUUUCUCAACGUCUUUAAGAGUUGAUAAUAGAAAAUCGAUACCAGGUUAUAAGAAUAGAGAGGAAAAUGCUAAAACUCGAAGACAUUCGUAUAAUUUGAGAAAUUUGGAAUCAAGAAAAAUUGAUGUUAUUGAUCAGCAGGAAAAAAUUAAUCGAACUCGACGAAAUUGUUCUAUUAGAUGUCAAGAGACUAGAAGAAGAUCAAGAGAAAUUCCAUCAACACGCACUCCGGAACAAAAUGAAUAUCGUCAAGUGGAAAAUUUAAAUCCACGAAAAUUGAAAUCACCUUUUACAAAACAGGCACGAAGCACUACGCCCAGUUUAUUAUCUGAUCUGCCACAUUUGUCAUCAUUCAAUUUAAAUGAACUCAAAGAAAUGGAGAAAAACGACAAAGUUUCAGAAAAACAAAAUGAUAGAAAAAUAAUUACACGAUUAAAAUUGGAAAAUAAUAAAAAGUUACUAAAUUCAGUUAAAGUGAUUAUCAAUAAUAUGGACACUAAUGAAAAUUCAAUUCAUAAAUCUACUGGAAAAUAUUCGACAAUUGUAAAUGAGAAAAUUGAGAAUUUAAUUUCUCCAAAAAAUUCCGAAGAAUUAAAAAGAAAAAUUAAUAAUCCACAUAAAACAAAACCUGCAUUUGAAAAUUCUAAAUUAGAAGAAAAAUUAAAUUCCGAAAUGGAAAUAACUGUCAACAAAUACAAAAGAUCUUAUGGUAAUAGAAAAAAUUUAUGGUUCAGUAAAGUGAAAGAUAAUAUCGAUCAAGUAGAGGAACCACCGGAAAAGAAGAAAAAAUUAUAUUGCAAAUAAUUAAUUUCUUUUUUUUCUAAUUUUCUAUUCAGUAUAUAAAGUUUUUUUUCUUUACAUCUACAAAAUUUGCAACAGUGUUUACGCAACCAAUAAAUAAAUACGAAAAAAAAUGAUGUUUUAAAAUUAAUUUAAA